AUGUCUGGUCCAGUGGUUACUAAUGGCGUUCCCGAGAUCAGGUCGAAGGUUGUGGAAACGCCAUUCCUCAUUCUCGGGGCCGGACCAGCAGGUGGCUCGCUGGCAUGCUUUCUAUCACACCCACCCUACUCCAUGACGGGCAUCAUGAUCUCUGCAGCACCGACGACGUCCCAAACACCCAGGGCACAUAUCACUAACCCCGCCGCCUUUGAAUGUCUCAGAGACAUCGACUUAGAGCAGACAUGUUUGGACCAGGCAGUGGAGGGUGACUGCAUGAUUCACACCCGCUGGUGCCACGACAUGACCGGGGAGGAGUAUGGCCGCAUCUAUUCGUGGGGCAAUGAUCCGAAGCGCCACGGGGAGUAUGAAGCAGCAACCCCUUGCCAUCAUGUCGACCUUCCCCAAACCACAUUUGAGCCCAUUCUGGUCCAAAGAGCGUCAUCCCAAGGGUGGGAUGUCAGGUUCCGAACCAGCAUCGUCGACUUCAAAAAGGAAGAUGAUGGCAAGAUCCUCAGCCGAGUGCGUGAUGAUUUGACCCAGACCGAGUAUUUCAUUCGCUCACAAUAUCUCUUCGGAUGUGAUGGUGCAAGAAGUCAAGUCAUCCGCGAACUGAAGAUCCCUCUGAACAAGAAACCCGGCCAGGGUCUGGCCAUCAACGUCUUGGUCAAGGUGGAUCUGAGCGAAUACGUCGAAGCCAGAAAGGGAAACCUGCAUUGGGUAUUCCAACCUGAACGGGAAUAUCCCGACUUUGCUUGGAGUGGUCUGAUUAGAAUGGUGAAGCCAUGGAAUGAGUGGAUGUUUAUCCUCUUCCCCAAGCCUGGCACGGAAUGGAAGGAGCCCACUCACGAACAAUACGUGCAGAGAUGCAAAGAAAUCGUCGGCCGAGACGAUCUUCCGCUGGAGAUCCUGGAUAUUUCAAAAUGGUACAUUAACGAGAUCGUUGCCGAAUACUACUCCGAAGGCAACGUUUUCUGUCUGGGAGACGCCGUGCACAGACACCCACCCUUCAAUGGUCUUGGAUCGAACACCUGUGUGCAGGAUGCCUUCAACCUGGCAUGGAAAAUCAAGUACGUCCAACGAGGCAUGGCUUCGUCCUCGAUCCUGGAGACAUUCAGCCACGAACGACAACCCGUUGGUCUAGGUGUGAUCACCCGCGCAAACCAGGGCAUUCGGGACCACGUCCCCGUGUGGAGGGAGAUGGGGUUGAUGGAAGAAACCGUGGAGAAGAGGAUGAAGAUCUUCAACAGCCUUAAAUCAGCAUCGCCCGAAGCUCGAGAGCGGAGGAAACGGGUCAAUGCGGCCAUCGAGGGCACCGCUCACGAGUUUCACGGCAUCGGCGUGGAGAUGAACCACAGAUACGACUCCGCGGCCGUCUACCUAGAUGAUGAAAUAAAGGCUGGCACGCCGAAACCCGAGUGGCCGGAGGACCCAAUCCUGCACCAUAAAGUCAGCACCUAUCCGGGUCAUCGACUACCGCAUGCAUGGCUGAACAAGACCAUGCCGAUCAAGAACCAUACCUCGACAAUUGAUCUCGCUGGCCAUGGGAGGUUCUCGCUCAUCACCGGCAUUGGUGGUAAAAAGUGGAUCGAGGCAGCGGAAAAGCUAGGCAAGGAGCUUGGGAUCGAGAUCAGCACACAUACCAUCGGCUGGGGACAAGAGUGGAUUGAUGUUUAUCGCGAUUGGGAGCGAAGGCGAGAGGUUGAAGAAGACGGAUGUAUCCUUGUCAGACCCGAUCGAUUCGUCGCCUGGAGGUCGAUGGAUCUGCGGGAUGACUGUGAGGCAAAACUAGGGGAGGUCUUGAAGAAGGUUCUCGGCCGAUCAUAA